AUGGAAGAAGAACAGCUUCUCGACUACGAAGAAGAGCAGGAGGAGGUGCAAGACAAGCCGGAGGUUGGCGGAGGCGACGCGAAAAAGACCAAAGGAACGUAUGCCUCAAUCCACUCUUCCGGAUUCCGUGACUUCCUUUUGAAGCCAGAAAUUCUCCGCGCUAUCGGGGAUUGCGGAUUCGAGCAUCCGUCAGAAGGUUAUCAAUCGCUACUGUCUUUAUUUAUUGAUUUCUUUGUUUUCAGUUCAACAUGAGUGCAUUCCACAAGCCAUCCUCGGAAUGGACGUCGUCUGCCAGGCAAAGUCCGGAAUGGGUAAGACGGCCGUGUUCGUCAUUGCCACACUUCAACAACUCGAGCCGGUUGAUGGAGAGGUGUCCGUCGUUUGCAUGUGCCACACCCGCGAACUGGCCUUCCAAAUUUCCAAGGAAUACGAGCGCUUCAGCAAGUAUUUGCCAGGAAUCAAGGUUGCCGUCUUCUUCGGAGGUAUGCCGAUCAAGAAGGACGAGGAGCGUCUGGCUAAUGACUGCCCACAUAUUGUCGUCGGAACUCCGGGAAGAAUGCUGGCUCUUGCUCGUUCCGGAAAGCUGAAGCUUGACAAGGUCAAGUACUUCGUUCUCGAUGAGUGCGACAAGAUGAUCGGAGAUGCUGGUAAGAGCUCGCUGGUUCUGAUCUCAUUCAAUCCAUGCUCUUUCAGACAUGCGUCGCGACGUUCAAGAAAUCGUCAAGAUGACUCCGCAAGAGAAGCAAGUCAUGAUGUUCUCCGCCACUCUGCCCAAGGACCUCCGCGCCGUGUGCAAGCGAUUCAUGCAAGACGUACGAUUUUACCAUUCUCCGGCCUUUUUGGAACAUCUCCCCCUUUCACCUCCUUACCCCAUCCAAAGUGUCCCGUGUUCGCAGUGUUGCGUAUCUGGUUGGUUGAUCUACUGACGUCCGUAGACUGAUUUCUCGGAUUACAGAUCACCACUACGGGCUUCUGUCUGUGUAGCUGUGGGUGCUGACCAUUGCUGCACAAUGGCGGAAGCAAAGAUCAUGGGGCAUGUGAUGUUGUCCCCGGCUUACCCCUGCUGAUUCCUAAGUGUACAUCACUUUGAUUGUUACGUUCCUUUUUCAGCCGAUGGAGGUAUACGUCGAUGACGAGGCCAAGCUCACUCUGCACGGUCUUCAGCAGCACUACGUCAAGCUGAAGGAGGCCGAGAAGAACCGCCGCCUUCUCAAUCUUUUGGAUGCUCUCGAGUUCAACCAGGUCGUCAUCUUCGUCAAGGCUGUCAAGCGCUGCGAGGCCCUUCAUCAACUUCUGACGGAGCAGAACUUCCCAUCGAUCGCUAUCCACCGUCAGAUGGCGCAAGAGGAGCGACUCUCGAGAUAUCAAUCAUUCAAGGACUUCCAGGUAAAUUCGGAUUUAGGUCGACGACAAAUCGCAACUGUUAAUUUAAAGAAGCGAAUCCUGGUCGCCACGGAUCUUUUCGGACGUGGAAUGGAUAUCGAACGCGUCAACAUCGUCUUCAACUACGACAUGCCGGAGGAUUCGGACUCGUAUUUGCACAGAGUCGCUCGCGCCGGACGCUUCGGAACUAAGGGAUUGGCGAUCACCUUCGUUUCUGACGAGAACGAUGCCAAGACCCUGAACAGUGUCCAGGAUCGCUUCGAUAUCAGCAUCACAGAGCUGCCGGAGAAGAUCGAUGUGUCGACUUACAGUAAGUCAAAACUGAGCCGUUUUCUGUACUAUAUCUUCUUUUUCAGUCGAGGGAAGAACCAACUGA